AUCCAUGUCCGUUGAAAGUAGGAAGAAGAGCAACUUCUGUGUUAGAAAGACGACGACAGAGGUGGUGGUCGCGUAGUGUGCAAGAAUACAAAGACAGACGAGCUCAGCCAUGGCGAGUUCCGAUCCUGAGAAGUUGAUGACCAAAGGAGAUAAACUGACAAAACUCACUCUUACAAGAUGGAAUGCUGAUUGGAAAAGUGCCACUGAAUUAUAUGAACAGGCUGCUGUUGGCUUUAGGCUUGCCAAAGACUAUGGGAAAGCAAAAAUUGCAUUUGAGAAGGCUUCAAAAGGACAGGAGAUGCUUUCUUCUCCUUGGGAUGCUGCUAAACAUAUGGAAUCUGCUGCUUCUAUGGCAAAGGAAGUAGGAAUCUGGAAUGAAGUUGCUGACUUUUUCAGAACGGCAUCGAAGUUUUACAUUGAGUGUGGAAGAUCUCAGCCUGCAGCUGAUGCUCUUGCAAAGGGUGCUCGUUUAUUGGAAGAGGCUUCUUCUGAUGAAGCUAUUCAAAUGUACACCGAAGCUUGUUCGAUUCUUGAAGAGGACGACAAGGAGCAAAUGGCCUUUGACCUAUAUCGUGCUGCAACAAGCGUCUAUAUUAAGCUUGAGAGGUAUGCUGAUGCUGCAACUUUUCUGCUGAGAUGGGGCUUAGCAGCAGAUAAAUGCAAUGCUGUUCAUAGUCAGUGUAAGGCUUAUCUUAGUGCAAUCAUAGUGUACCUUUACGCAGAUGAUUUCAAGCAAGCGCAGAAGUGCUACAAUGACUGUUCACAGAUUGAGGCUUUUCUUGGUAGUGACCAGAAUCGUUGUGCUACUAAACUUCUUUCAGCUUAUGAGGAAGGUGACAUUGAAGAAAUCAAACGUGUUUCUCACUCAAGCACUAUUUCAAAUCUUGACCAUAUGAUUAUUAGGCUUGCAAGGAAAUUGCCCACUGGUGAUGUGAGUGCACUCAAAGCUGAAACAAGCAAAGAAGAGGAAAUGCCACUGGAUGAAAAUGAUCUCACUUAGCUUUCUCCAUGAAUACUCCACAAAAACAGCUUGCCAAGGACUGUCUACUCUUACUGCCAGUAUGAGAGUAUCAUUGUAAUACAAAAUACUGUAAACUGUGGUUGUACUACAACCAUACAAGAGUUCAAUGUAUAAAACUUGAUCAUCAAUCUCACUCAUAAUGACAAGGUAUUGUUUCAUUGUAA